AUGAGCCAUGCAAGCAACUCCACGGCAGCGGCAGGGGAUACCGUGGCUGGAAGCCGGCACUGGAACUCAGCCCUGUUUAGCGGUGUGGCAGUAGUGCUAGGACUCAUUGCCAUGGCAAUAGUUAUUAUAGCUUGUUCAUGCAAAAAGUCUCCACCCAACUCCAAUGGUGAAGCAGCUGCGGAGAGGAUAGAAAUGGAAAUGGAGACGAAGAUUGUUGUGAUCAUGGCUGGUGAUGAAAACCCAACGUACCUUGCCAAUCCCGUAAAGCAGGAAAUGGUGAUGGUCCGAGUUGUCGAUUCCGAGCCAAAAAUCGUACUCAUCAUGGCCGGAGAUGACAAGCCUACCUUCUUGGCUAAACCACUCUCUUCUUCACCAUGCUGCUGCGAUCAAGUUUGA